AUGAGUUCCGACACAAUCCAAACCUCGGAAUCCACCAACAACACCACAAUCCCCGAUCAAGAGAUGGCCGGCGAACCCAUGGUGAACGACCAAGAGGACUCUCUUCAAUAUGAAGAAUCUCAAAAUAAUGAGACAAGCAGCGAUUCUGUGGCUACAGAUGUUACGUUUCACACACUUGCGUCAUUGCUUCACGGUAUCCCGGCAGCCUUAAGCAUCCAACUUUCUCAGAUGCUCUCAGGAGAUCAAUUCAUCAGGGUCCAAGAAUUAAUCCAGGCUCACCUUCCAACAACAGUUGGUGAUCCAGCAAUGCCGAUUGACGGCUGUCCUCUCCUCGAAUUGAUUCCUAUAGAGUGCCGGAAGCAAAUUUGGGAGUGCCUCCUUUACAACCCACUUCUCGGUGAAAGCUUUGCGACAGGCGGUUAUGGAGUUGCAUUAGAACUUUACCCAGCAAUUCUGAGAGUCAAUAAACAGACAUAUAAUGAGGGGAUGGAUGUUCUCUAUGGAUGCAACAGGUUUCUGGUCCAGUGUAUCCCGCAGAGCUCUUAUCAUUUUGGCACUGAUUAUUUCGCUCUCUCUGCAUUGACCAGAUAUCAACUACUCAAUCGUGUCAGUACAGCUGCAGGUGACAACAACAUCAUUCCGGCAGCGAAAUACGUCCAACAUUGGAAGAUUGUUUUGAGUGCCACAGAGCGCGGAUCAUAUGUAGGGAAUGGCCUUGCAUCACUCUGUCGCAACAUCUACAUGGCAGAUAUACAGUCAAUGGAAGUUUUGAUCGUUCCUCGAGGUAUCGAAAGAGACUGGGGUUCUGCCGAAACCUACGUAGAUGAAAGUCAACUGGCUCUUACCUUUAAACCACUGGAGCGACUACGAAGUAUUCAGCAAUUCACCAUCCGUGCUGCUGAGUUUCAUGAAAUUCAUGUGGAUACAUUGAGCUACGAUGAGGAGCUUGCGGAGGAGUUUACGCCUAUCUUGCCCGAUCCCGUUGAUGAGGUGAGAUUGGUCACUCUAAUCCAAGGUAACUCAGAUGUCGAGAUCAUCGAGGAAAUGUACAAGAAUCUUCUUACUUACGUACAAAACUUCGAACGCAUUGAAGAAUUCAAGCUGGAUAUGGAAAACCUGAAUGUGGAAGAUUUGGACCAAAGCAGUAGCUUUGAUAUAACUGAGACAAGCUCUGACUUCUUUACGUCGAGCAACCCUUUCAUUUCCAGCUCGCAUCCUGUGGAGAGCACGUUGUGCGCAGCCAAGAUCGCCAUGGAGGAGGACAACGUGAACGGGUUUAAGCUUCACCGUAAAACUUUGAUUCUGUACUUGGAGCCUCAAUACGAGGCCAUUGAAGCGUGCUCGAAAGACUUGGUUGAUUUUAUCAAAAAUGAAAAGAGACCUGAGGGGUUCUUUGAGCCCGAAAAACAUUACCAUUCUAAGUGCGGAGAUACCGCCAAUGAAGCCAUGGUCUUGCUCGAGGAUUAUGCUUCAAGCUUUGCCAGAAAACUGGAACGAAAAACAAGAGUGGCCAUCCGGAAGCAAAAGCUUCUAUUCAACUCCAGAUACGAUGCUCUUCCGCGAGAACAGUUGUUGAGGUCAUGCGAGAUGGCGUAUGAAAAGCAAUGGUGGAAUCGUUUCGUGGACAACUACAAGAAGGCUGUAGAUGACAUGGAUACCCAGUAUCUUGCCAUCAGAGAGGCACGGAAGAAGCUCUAUGCGUGGGACUUGCAGUCAACUGUCCGCGAGACAGCUUUUAUGCCAAGUGUUCUUGAUGAGAUGAUUGAUUGGGAGAUUUAUGAGCCAGACAUGAGAGUCAAUGAGGAGUGGCUUGAAUACCGCUCUUAUGCCCGCAAUGAGUCUCAGGAACACGAAAACAAUCAUGAGAGCGACCUUGGCGACGAUGAAUGGUCUUCUAAACGUACUACCACAAAGGUGCUUCAAAAGCAAUCGCAGAAAAUCGAUCGAGACAAUGGCCAAUCCUCAGAACGAAAUGCUCUACAAGCUUCCAUCCGCAAGAGAAAGGCUCCACUUACAGCAGGAUCAACCUCAACGAUGGAACGCAUGCCACUUGAAAUACGGAGAGAAAUUUUUAAAUAUCUUUUGUUCAAUCCUGAACUGGGCACAGCCUCGUGUGUCCACAAGGACGGAGGAUGGGGUUCCAAAAUCAAGUACGAUCUCCAGCCCGCUAUUCUACGUGUCUGCAAGGAAUUUUACGCAGAAGGGGUGGAAAUACUUUAUGGAGAAAAUCGAUUCUUCAUAGAAUGUGUUCUGUCAACUUCGGGCCAUUUGCUUCACCGCUGUGCCUUGACCCGGUUCUGCGAGAUUGCGAGCCCUGAGCGCUUUCAUUCAUCGAGCGAAUUAGCCACAAAUCAUCUGAGAACUGUGCCAGGUGUAAAGCGCAUCGAACAUUGGAAGAUAUUGAUAGCCCCAAUGCGCUCUAACGGACGCAAUAAUGUUAUAAAUCUUUGUCGCUCUAUUUGCCAAAAUCGAAUAAAGUCCAUGGAAAUUGCGAUUGCGCCUUGGGAUAGUCUAGAGCAUCCAAGCUUAUCGAGAGGAGGUCCCAGAGAGAGCGCCGAAACCAAUAAAAUAGCAGCUGAGAGAAUACAGGACGUUCUUUCGCCCUUGGAGAUUCUUCGAUGUGCUGGAAAAGUUGUCAUUCGUGGAGCAGAUCCAGAUGAAGUGCCCGACUUUCUCUUUGAAGGAGAGAGACGAGGGUUAGACUUUUACAGCUGGUCACUAGGGUCCCAUUGGCGUAGUUUCGCACCCCAUACAAGGGUAUCGUUACCGGAGACGAUGUACUUAACCCAUUUGAUUGAAUUAGUUCAAGGUGACUCUGAAGUCGAACUUUUCCACGAAAUUUUUUACGCUUUUCUCAAUUAUGCCCAGGCCUUUGAACGAAUAUAUGAAUUCCGAAACCACAUGACCAUCGAUGAUCUGUAUCACAGUCCAUACUUGGCAGAAAACCCUUUUCGUGGAACGCAUCCUGUAGAAUCCGCUUUGCUGAAGGCUUUACGCAUGCAAAUGAACGAGGAAGCAGGAGCACAGGAUAUUUCCGAACUAAAAAUUCUUCGGUCAAAUGCCAUAACAUUCCUCGAGAGGCAAUAUCAAAGAAUUCAGCAAGCCGCCAAUGAUUUGGUCAGAUUCGUCAAAGACCAAAAGGUAAGCGGUGGUCUACUCGAUCCUGUUGAAUCACCACCAUUUGAAUUGUCUCCUGGAGUGCAAAGCGAGGGACUUGCUUUGGUAAAAAACUAUGCGGAAUCCUUGGAUAGAGAACUAACAAUGGCGACCAAGAUUGCUAUUUGCAGAUUGAACGGUCAAUAUGAGAAGAGAUUCGAACUGCUUCCCCGCGAGAUUGCCAUUAAGAAAUGCACAAAUGCUCAUAGAGAUGGAGACGUGGAAGGAUUCGUGGCAAACUUCAAGUGUGCAGUCGAUGACAUGGAUACUCAGUACCUUGCCAUCCGCAACGCGAGGAGGCGGCUCUUCGAAUGCGACUUGAAGGGUUCAGUCCAUUCCACCGAAAUUGACGUGGAGCCUCUGAGAUGUGAUGAAAGAAUUGCCUGGAAUAAAGUUGAACCGGAUAUGGAUGUUAAGAAACUAGAGAUACUGGGACGAGGAGGUCUCAGGUGUUGCCGCAAAUCGCUGAGUUCAGAUGCAUAUCGGGAAUGA